AUGGUCUACAAGCUUGUACUAAUACGACACGGAGAAAGUGAAUGGAACAAGGAGAAUCGUUUUACUGGAUGGACGGAUGUAGGGUUAAGUGAACAAGGGUUUUGUGAAGCAAGAGAAGCAGGAAAAAUGUUACGCGAUUCUGGAUAUUCAUUUGAUAUAGUAUAUACAUCAGUGCUAAAACGAGCUAUAAGGACUACUUGGGAAGUUCUAAAGGAGCUUGAUAAUAUUAACUGUCCAAUAAUAAAUAGUUGGCGUUUGAAUGAAAGACAUUAUGGUGCUUUACAAGGGUUAAAUAAGUCUGAAACAGCAACUAAAUUCGGUGAAGAUCAAGUUAAGAUUUGGAGGAGAAGCUUUGAUGUUCCACCACCAUCUCUUGAAAAGGCUGAUGAACGUUGGCCUGGAAAUGACAAAAUUUAUAAUGGACUUCCUUCUAUAUGUUUACCAACAACUGAAUGUCUAAAAGAUACUGUAGAACGCGUAAAACCAUAUUUUGAAGAUACUAUUGCACAUUCAAUUUUACAAGGAAAAUCUGUUCUGGUAUCUGCCCAUGGAAACUCACUACGUGCUUUAGUAUACUUACUAGAGAAAUUGACACCUGAAGAAGUACUUGAAUUGAAUAUUCCAACAGGAUGUCCAUUAGUUUAUGAAUUAGAUAGUGAGCUAGAACCAAUAAAGAAGUAUUACUUAGUUAAUGAAGAUGAGUUAAAAAAGAGAAUGGAAGCAGUUGCUAAUCAAGGCAAAGUAAAAAGGAAAUAA